AUUUAUAUAUUUUCUUGGCUUUAGGAUACGUUGUUGUGAGGUGUUCUCAGGUGCGCCUUCUCUAUUCAGUAUCAGUUGGAACAAAAGUAGAAUUCUUCCUCCUCGAAAUAGUCUACGUUAAGCAAUCGUUCAACUAAAUACCAUUUACCCUUUCUCCUCCUCCUCCUCCUCCUCCUCCUGCUCCUCAACAGUUGGGAUCGUAUUAGUUUGGUGUUGUUGUUAUUAUUGUUGUUAUUGCCAUUAUCGUAAUUAUUAGAAUUAUCGUUGUGGCUGUUAUUGUUGUUGUUCUAAAGAAAGGGGGGAGGCCAAUCGCCGAGUAAAAACCAAAACAGUUGUCUACUUUUCGUUGUGUUUAAUGCAAUAGAUAUUAGAAUUUAUGGUAAGCUUUCAAUCUUCUCAUCUAUAAAAUAUUCAUUUUUACAAAUUUUCUCAAUUGUACUACUUUUUUUUGUGACUAUUAUCAUCUUUCUUUUCCAUUUUCCUAAUGCUACCGCAAUACUGUAAAUACUCAAACGAUACAAUGCAUCAUUAAAUUUUCAUUUUUACUAUAGCUAAAUUUAAAUAUCAGUGUUUUUUAGACGACCUUAUUUACUAAUUUUAUAUAUAGAAUAUAGUCAUUCAUGUCUGUUCAUUUAUCUUUUCUUAUUUAUUAAAGGCGCAACCAUUCAGUGACGAACAAAUCGAAGAGUUUAGACAAGUGUUUAACCUUUUCGACAAGGAUCAUAAGAAGUACAUAACAACAACCGAUCUUGCGUCCGUGAUGAGAGCUUUAGGACAAAAUCCUACAGAGCAUGAUAUAAAGGAUAGUGAAAUUGAAAUAUUGUAUCUCUCUAUUGAAUAAAUUAUAAAUGAUUGUAGGAUAUUUGAUAUAAAGUAUGUAUACAUGUAUACCAAUGUACGUAUACGUAUAUACAGUAUAUAUUAUUUAACGUAAUCAUAGAGAUAUAGAGAUAGCCCUUUAAUAAACGCUAAUAUGUUGAAUAAUGCAUAUAGCAUAUAGAAUUAUAAGUGUAGUCAUCUUAUUUAAAGUCUAACCUUUUAAUCGAUUCUCUUUCAAAUUCACUAUCCGAAACCUAUUAUUUCCUCUCUCUCUCUCUCUCUUUUCUUCCAUCUAACAGGACAUCAUGAAUGAUUUAGGUAAAGAUAGUAACGGAACAAUAAAAUUUGAAGAGUUUCUUCAGCUCUUAUCCAGACACUAUAAAAAUUCGGAAGAGACCAGAGACGAAUUAUGGAAAUCCUUUAAAAUGUUUGACAAGAAUGGAGACGGAACAAUAAGUAAAGAAGAAUUGAAAGAAGCAAUGAUUAAAUUUGGCGAGAAGAUGACCGAACAGGAAAUAUCAGAAAUGUUGGAAGCCGCUGAUGUAAACGGCGACGGGGUUAUUGACUAUAACGAAUUCUGUCAAAUGAUGUUGCAAUAACAAUAACAAUGACGUUAAAUUCUCAUUAACAGACAAAAUAAAUAUCGAAUUACUAAUAAAAUAAGAGAUGUUCUUAUUUGUGAUCAUUAAAUAGGUCUUCCUCUGAACAAAACCGUACGACUGCUAUGCCAAUAGGCUUAAGUAUCUAGUUCUGUCGAGG